CAACGCGUCCUUCCACACGUGUGUUCUGUAAUCUUCCAGAAGCAGCAGUAACGGGGAGCCAGCCGGUUGUUGUGAGCUGUCAGACUUAUUUAUUGUUUCGUUACACGCCUUAAUAUUUCUACAUAGUCAUGCUAAAGUCAGUUGUUCGUGCGGUGGGAGCCGCUGUUCGCAUUUCUUCAGCCAGCACGUCCACAGCCCGAGCUCUGCCGCUCAUCUGCCCGACACUAUCGUCUCCGAGUUCGGCAACAACCCGGCCCUUCACCCGGUCCCUCUGGAUGCUGAAUAACAACGGAGCCUCGUCAGGAUACAGGCCAAAACUUUUCAGUUCAAAAGCAUUGAAUCCCUCAGUGUCGUGUGGAUGUGGAGGACUGCACACAGAAGGUGACAAGGCAUUUGGGGAUUUCCUGUCUGAUGAAAUAAAAGAGGAGAGGAAAAUCCAGAAAAGCAAAAGCCUUCCUAAGAUGUCUGGAGGAUGGGAACUGGAGAUGAACGGCACAGAGGCUAAACUCACAAGGAAUGUCGCUGGAGAAAAAGUCACUGUCACGUUCAAUGUCAAUAACAGCAUUCCUCCUAACUUUGAGGAAGAGGUAGAACAAGGACAGCAGAAGUCAGCAGAAGAAGAGCCAGAAAUUGUGUCAACACCCAACUUUGUUGUUGAAGUAACAAAACAGGCUUCAAAGCAUUCCCUGGUGUUUGACUGCCAUUAUCCUGAAGACGAGAUGAGUCGUGGUGAAGGAGAAGAGGAGAGCGACAUCUUUGCCAUUCGGGAGGUCAGUUUCCAGCCUGAGGGAGAUUCCGAAUGGAAGGAGACCAGCUAUACGCUCAACACAGACUCUCUGGACUGGGCCCUGUAUGACCACUUGAUGGACUUCCUGGCUGACAGAGGGGUUGACAACACCUUUGCUGAUGAACUAAUGGAGCUGAGCACUGCCAUGGAACAUCAAGAGUACAUAAAGUUCCUGGAAGACCUCCAAGGCUUUGUCAAGUGUAACUAAUGUUAAAUAUCAGCUAAAGUUCACCGCUCUUUGAUACACAUCCUGGCAAAGUUGGAGGUAUGAUAAUACAGCAAGACUAAAGCAAAGGUUGCAGCACUGAAUGAUUGAUUGAUUGAUAUCUUUGGCACUCUAAAGAGAUCGAUUGUUCCUUGCUUCAGUGUCUGUGGCAGUGAGCCAUGUUUCCCAGCAGUUGUCACAUUAAUACCUGGCUACAAAUGUUUUCUCUUUGUUAAAAUAUGUUUAUUUUUCUGUAACUUUAAAGGAGGUAGUUAAAUUAAAUAUUUGAAGGACAUAAACAAUGCAGGUCAUGACAAUGUGCAGAAACCAUCAUUAUAAGAAGUGUCUCUCUAUUGUAGAGGUCCUGUCUUAAAGCUGGGGUAGGCAAUUUAUUUCAGAAGCUUGUAUUUGUUAUAUUUGUUGAAAUUCUCUUUAGAUCUUGACAGCAAUCAAUAAAACAGAUGCCCACACACAAAUGAACAAAAUCCACUGUCUGUGGCUGUCACUAAGCACGGACCGAAUGAAAUGAUUGGCUGGCCUGCCUGCCGUCUACCUGCCAUACCACAGUAUGCCUGUGCAUGCAUUGCCCAUGAUUUUUAUUUUAUUUUUUUUUUGGGUGGGAGUGGCUUUGGAUAGAGGCCUGAAAGGAGGGGUUGGAAUUUUUCCAUUGGAUACUUUGAUAAUCUUGGUGUCUCUUGUUUGUUUGUCAAAGUUGCCUACCCCAGCUUUAUGUGCAAUGGAUUGAUAUGAUCCAGUCAGUAUUUGUGAAUGUUGAACUAUCCUAAAGCCAAUAAACGGACAAUUUGUCAAGAUGUGAAGUCAAAUCAAAACCUUGAAUAAUGAAACCCUCCUCACUUACAGUAGACGUAUGUGAAGGCUUCUGGUUUUACAACUUGACAGUCCUGCUUUUUGUCUUAAGCGCUUCUAUCUGGCUUGGCAAGCGAGUUCAUGUUGACUAAUAUUGAUUUGACUCUAUCAGGCCAGAACAAUUGGUGUCAAAGAAUGAAAGAUCAAUGUCGAAUAAAAAAACAGUUUGAUAUAAAUA